AUGGAUCCAGCCACUAAUAAGCGACCUGUUGUACGAGGCACGAUGGUAAGACAGGAGGAAGAAGAUGUCACAGAAGAACCAGAAGUCCCCCAGAGCCCUAAGCCAUGGAAUCGCGACACCUAUCUCGGCUCGCUUCUAUUCAACAUCGGAGCCUUCGCCCUCCCAGCCCUAUACAACACUCUCAGCAAACUGUGGGUCGCGAACAUCGACUCCAAACAAGUCGUCACAACAGAUAUCUACACCUACAUCGGCGUCAUAGUCGAGGUCCUCAACGAGGGUCUCCCACGCUCAGCAUGGCUGGUCAUCGGAGACAAGUCGACACGAAGUAUGCGCUCGCGCCUGGAUCUCGCGUACACGAUGGUUCUCGCUCAAAGCGUUCUCGGGAUAUUGAUGACGGUUAUCUUUCUCGCUGCUUCCGAGAGGCUGGCUUCGGGGUUUGUGCCGGUCGAUGUGCGAAGGGCUUCUAUUACCUAUGUGCGACUUUCGUCUGUGCAGGCUGUUACGUCUGCAGUCGAGGCGGCUUUGUCGGCGUCGACGAGGGCGCUGGAUAAUCCCGACGUGCCGCUGAUUAUUAGUUCGGCUAAGUUUGUUGUUAAUAUCGUGCUUGAUUUACUGGUCAUCUCGAAGGUUCAUGUGGGUGGUUGGAAGCCUACUAUCGUCAUGCAGGCUGUUAUUCGACUUGUCUGUGACAGUGUUUCGACCCUCGCGGGUCUGGUUUACUUCCUCACUAUUGUUGUGAGACGCUGUCAAAAGGAUACGGACAGUCCAUCGAGAUUGCAAAGCAGUAUUUCGGCUUUGGUGACUCUUGUCAAGCCCAGUAUUUACACAUUUGCCGAGUCAGCUGUGCGGAAUGCGAUUUAUCUGUGGCUCGUUCACCGGAUUAUCUUGCUGGGCAGUGACUAUGCCACGGCGUGGGGAGUCUUCAACACAAUCCGCUGGGGGCUCAUUAUGGUUCCAGUACAGGCAUUGGAGUCAUCCACACUGGCCUUUGUGGGUCAUAAUUGGGGUUUGUUCCGUGCUCAGAGGGAUACUGAAUAUCCGACAGCGAGUAAAAAGGAGAUUCUUUAUAUGAUUCGCCCAGCAAUCUUGUCCAUAUCGAUUGCAUUAGUCUUUGAGACUAUCAUGUGCAUCGCCCUGUCGAUUCGUGGGAUAGAGUCUUUUGCACACUAUCUCUCCGACUCGACGGUGGUGGCGCGAAUCACCCAGACAAUGUGGAAGAACAUUGACUGGACGUACAUUUUCUACGGACUCAAUACCCAGAUCGCAGCAAUACUUCUUGCAACAUCACCGCGAUGGUUCCUCUACCAAUCGAUCGCAUCCAACUCUCUCUGGGAUCUGCCUUGGGCGAUUGUCGUUACAGUUACCUCUUUGCCGAAGACUUUGGCCUGGACAUACUAUGCGAUUAUUUUUGGCGGCGCUCUGGUCUUUGGCUUCAUUAUUGUGAACUUGGCUGCCGUUCUGUGGGCGUACAGGCUUAUGCAAGGGAAGAUUAGAGUGCGUUCUGGAAUUCGGAAUGAUUGA